GUGCUCAGGUGCUGUCAAAAAAGUAAAGUGAAAACAAAACCAGCUGUUUGGACUUCCCGAAAGAUUUUUUAUACUUUCAUAAAAAGCGCUUUAUUUUAACAAAAAUAACAUGUCCAUUCCCGUCUUAAAAGCCGGCAUUUCACUUAGAAGUUUCUUUAUUUUCAAUUCCAGUUUUGGACCAAAAGAGGGCGAGGAGGAAAAGAAAAUCCUUUUUUAUCACCCUCAAGAAACGGAUAUCGAUUCCAAAGUGAAGGAUGUUGGAUUGUGCGAAGCGAUCAUUCAGUUCAGCAAUACAUUCACCAAUGACGACAGUGUCCACGCGAUGCACACCCAGAAAUCCUGCCAGCUGUAUCAUCAACCUGAGCCGGGUUACUGGAUGACCAUGAUCUUGAACGUACCCUUCGAGCGGAAAAGUCGUGAAACGGGCGACUAUAACGAAUAUCAUGGGGAUGACAUCCACGAUACUAUUUACCAGGCCGUUCUGAAGCAAUCUUAUCGGAUGUUUCGGCUAUUUAAUGGAACGUUUGCUAGUAAUCUGAAACCGGUCGAAGAUUUAGACGCGGUCGCUAACCUGAUCGGUCGACUAGAACAGUUCUACUUCAAAUACAUUCUUCACUUGAAACUGAAAGACUGUGACGUGCUGGAUGCCUUUGGAAGCGUGCAGUACUUGCCGUUGAAUCAGCUCUUGUUCCUGAGGGUGCAGAACUUCAUUAACAUGAUUGAAUCAACCUUCGAACCAAUCAAGCACUGUGUUUUUCUAUACGACGAUUCGGUCAUAUGGAGUGGAAUCAAUCCGCAUGACUUGUACACGAUUUAUGAGUACUUGAAUGGGCCCAUGUUUCAAACGACCACUGGUCAAGAGCAUUCCCGUAAGGUUUUCAUUCACGAAAAUAGUCUGGAAAAGACGUACAACUUCAUGGUGUGUCGCAAGGUGCAGAACAUUACCCUGUGUCUGUUUCUGGAGGAGGUUGAAAACGAACAAGCUCUUUACCACGAGCUGAAUGCCGUGAUAAACCCUCAACUAACGAGCAUAUCUUCAGAUAUAACGCAGCACCUAGCGCAACAGCCAUCCCACGACUGCACCAAAGAUGAGCCGGCGUCUGCUCCAAGAUUUAUCUACUUUAAUGAAUUGAACCUGCACUACCGGGGAACGAUUAAGUUAGGGACCCAAAAGCGAAAUAAUUCCGCAGCAACCCUUCCGAAUGAUGUGAUGAAUUUAAUCGUUGAUCUACUGGAUGAUUCACGGAAGAAUGGCAAUCCAUCAAAUGGAACCGAGGAAACGAUACUGAAAACACACGAUGACUACUGGAUCGUGAAGCGCAGUUGCAACGCAAGGCACGUGUUCAUCGUGCUGAAUAAGAGUUCAACGUUGAUCGAUGUUAGCGAAGAAACCAAACGCAUACUGGAUCAGAACAUGAAGGGAAUGUUCUUCUGCAAUGGCGACGGUGGUAAGUAGGGAAAACGUCGUUCAGAGCAUUAGCAAACAUUAAUCGUGAUGUUAACUAUUUAAUUAUACAUUUAGCUAUCCAUAUAUAUUUAGGGAAUAAGAUUUAUUAAUCUACGAA